CGAGGUUGCACCACUGAUGAUAACAGGAAUUUGUUGCAGGAUUGGCUCUUAUUUUGAGAUCUGCUGUAACAGAGCAGGCUUGUGAAGCUCCAGGGUCACGGCUGGUUUCUGCUUCAGUUGCAAUUGUUCUAAAUUCCUUUCUCCAUUUGUCCCGGAGAGAUCUGAGCCCAGUCACUUUUCUGGGACUCCUGCCAUCUGGAGAGAGCCCUGGCCAGGGAUCCAGGAACAGCCUCCACAAACUGAACCCUGAGCCAAAGCAAAUGCUACGCUGGGAACAGACUCUAAUUGUCAGAGAUUAGAACAGGCGACGGGUCUUUUCUCCCACUACAUCCCUGAGCUAAGUCUGAAGACAGCUUUGGUAGAUCAUAGCAAAAAGUUCCCAAGACAGUUGUGUAAAUUCUGUUUUAUUAGGUACAACCAAAUAUUAAAAAAUUGUGAGCGAGUUUUUGCAUCCUGCAAGAGAUUUUAGCAUGGCAGAUUCCCCAGGUCAGCACCAUGUAGCACAAUUAAUUGCAUUUGCUAGGGAUUUUGGAUGAGUUUCUGUCUGUUUUGGAUUUGAGCACAAAACAAAUGCUCUGCUGAAACAGAAAAGCAAAAAUCAAAUGCAUCUGGUGAAGGGGGAGUCUGGUUCUUCAUCUCUUUUUAAGGUGUCACUAGACUCUUUAUUUUUUUUUGUGUGUGUGUUGUGCCGCUUCUCCCUUCUUUUUGCCUUCUGGGCUUGGAUGGCAAGAAAGAGAGCAGAUAUUUUUGCAUCUCUUUCUUGUGGUUUACGAGCAGACCGGAAAGGUCACUGGGGAAUAACCUGUCCCAGCCAGCCCUUGUAAAGUGCUGGAGCGCUCAGAACAGUUAGUCCAUUGUAGCUUUUGUGUCUGCUAAGCAAGCAACGCAGGGAAUAUCGUGGGGCUGGCUUUUCCACCGGGAGGGAUGCUGGCCAUUGGUGGAUGGAGAUCAAAUCAUGCCUUUGAUUGGAGGGGAUGCCAGGGCUAGCAUCCGAUUGGCAAGGGAGGCAGGGUAUCUGCAGGUAAGGGCCAGCCUCUGAUUGGAGGAGACCUGCCGUAGUGAAUGCACCUCAAGGGCUGGCUUUAUGCACGCAAACCUGAAUGGGAGCCCUGGGCAUUUGGCUGGGAACGCCGAGGCUGCUGGACGGGGUCCAUUUUGGAGCGGGAGCACGAAUGAGGGAGAGCUGAGGUGGCCAACUCAGUCCAAGCCCCACGAGGUCAGGUGCGGCUGAGCCUGGCUGGAGACACGUGGGCAGUGGGAAUAAAUAAACUGGAGGCCACUAGGAAGUCCAGUGAGCAGAAUGCCCGGCUACAGUGGACCCUGGCCCCAAAGAACCACCACACCAGAUCCCUCACCAUGGUCAACGAAUCUUGCAGUGCCGGCGGCGGGAUCGGCGGCGGCCCCAACGGGGUGGCCGGUGUGAGGUCCGAUGGAAACAGCAGCAGCAGUGAGAGUUCGAAGGACAGCUCGCGAUGCUCCACCCCGGUCCUUGACCCUGAGCAACAUGACCGCCUGUGCGAAAAGAUGCGCCGGAGGCAGGACUCUGGGGACAAGUGGUUCUCCCUGGAGUUCUUCCCCCCACGGACAUCCAAUGGGGCCGUCAACCUCAUCUCCAGGUUCGACCGCAUGGGGGCCGGCGGCCCACUCUUCAUCGAUGUCACCUGGCACCCCGCUGGAGACCCCGGCUCCGAUAAGGAGACCUCUUCAAUGAUGAUGGCCAGCACGGCACUCAACUACUGUGGCCUGGAGACCGUCCUGCACAUGACCUGUUGCAACCAGACCAAGGAGACGAUCACCGCACACCUGCACAAAGCCAAACGGUUGGGGCUGAAGAAUAUCAUGGCACUACGUGGGGAUCCGAUUGCUGAAGAGUGGGAAGAGGAAGUGGACGGCUUCAACUACGCCACAGACUUGGUGAAGCACAUCCGGUCUGAAUUUGAAGAUUAUUUUGAUAUCUGCGUGGCGGGUUACCCCAAGGGCCACCCAGAGGCUGAGAGUUACGUCGAUGAUUUGAAGCACCUGAAGGAAAAGGUCUCAGCAGGGGCUGACUUCGUCAUCACGCAGCUCUUCUUCCGGUCGGAAACGUUCCUCGAGUUUCUGAAGGACUGCCAGGCCGUCGGCAUCACUUGCCCCAUUGUGCCGGGAAUCUUUCCCAUACAGGGUUAUCAUUCUCUGCGCCAACUUGUGAAGCUGUCUAAACUGGAGGUGCCCCAGGAGAUCAAGGACAUUAUCGAUCCCAUCAAGGAUAACGAUGCAGCGAUCCGGAAUUACGGCAUCGAGCUGGCGGUGACCAUGUGCCGUGAGCUGCUGGACAGCGGCUUGGUGCACGGCCUGCAUUUUUACACCCUCAACCGGGAAGUGGCAACUAUUGAGGUGUUGAGGCGUCUUGGCCUUUGGAAAGAGGACCCCAGGAGGCUCUUGCCUUGGGCCAUUAGCGCUCACCCCAAGCGGCGAGUUGAAGACGUCCGGCCCAUUUUCUGGGCCUCCAGGCCGAAGAGCUACAUCUACCGAACUCAGGAAUGGGACGAGUUCCCCAACGGCCGCUGGGGUAAUUCAUCCUCCCCAGCCUUUGGAGAGCUCAAGGAUUAUUACCUAUUCUACUUGAAGAGCAAGUCACCGCGGGAAGAGCUCCUAAAGAUGUGGGGUGAGGAGCUGACCAGCGAACAGAGCGUCUUCGAGGUCUUCAGGUGUUACAUCUCUGGAGAGCCCAACAAGCAUGGCCACAAGGUGACUUGCCUGCCCUGGAACGACGACCCGCUGGCUCCGGAGACAAACCUCCUGAAGGAAGAAUUGGCCAAGGUGAACAAGAGAGGCAUCUUGACCAUCAAUUCCCAGCCGAACAUCAACGGCAAGCCAUCCACCGACCCCAUCGUGGGCUGGGGGCCUGGUGGGGGCUACGUCUUUCAGAAGGCUUACCUGGAGUUCUUCACUUCCAGCGAGACCGUCACGGCCCUCCAGACGGUCCUGAAGAAAUAUGGGCAGCGGGUGAAUUAUCACAUUGUCAAUGUCAAGGGUGAAAACAUCACCAACGCUCACGACCUGCAGCCAAACGCUGUGACUUGGGGCAUCUUCCCUGGCAGGGAGAUCGUUCAGCCGACGGUGGUGGAUCCAGUUAGCUUCAUGUACUGGAAGGAUGAGGCCUUUGCUCUGUGGAUCGAGCAGUGGGCCAAGCUGUAUGAAGAGGAAUCUCCCUCUCGCAUGAUCAUCCAGUACAUCCACGACAACUACUACUUGGUUAACCUGGUGGACAACGAUUUCCCCCUUGACAACUGCCUCUGGCAGGUAGUGGAGGACACUUUUGAGCUGCUGAACUGUUCGGUCCGUCCGUGAACAAGAUCCCCUAGGCGAUCUGGCCGGAGGCACGCUCGGACUUGGGAAGCGAGGGGGAGCUGCAGCGGCCCCCAACACUCCCCCGGAAGGGCCCCUUUGGCUGUCCUCCCCCUCCCCUUUCCUCCAGUUGGUGACCACGGGGGGGGGGGGAGGAGGGGGGUUGUCCUCCCUUUUGAUUUGGGAAGCUUUCCUAAGGAUUUUAGUUUUCCUUUUUUUUUCAGUUGACCAACACUGUCACUUCGUCAAGGCAGCUCAAAACCCAGUUGGGUUCCCCCUGACUUUACCUCUCCCCCCCCCCCCCCCCCCCGCCCACACACAGAAUUUUUGCGUUGCACUUAAUGUACUGAGCCAUUUCUGCAGUACGUUCCCUUUUAAUUGGCUGUUAAAAAUGACUGGUGGUUUUGUAGCCUCCGGUCUGGAAGGGCAUUUGUGCUGGGGUUGGUUUCCCACCGAGCAGGUUUCUCCAAGCUUGGAGAUUUGGUUCAUUAUUUAUUUUGUUUUGUUUAACAAGAUGGCGGGAUGAAGGACUUUUUCAAGGUCCCCUGCCGGGUGAAUUUGCCAGAUAUUUAAACAUUGUAAAGUAAUUAAUAAAUGCACAUAAUUGAUGCCUCCA